AUGAUUUGUGGUAUUUGCUGCAAGAAAAUUGAUUUAGUGCACUUGCUUAAAUGCAAUGGUUGUAAGGUGGGAUAUCAAUAUAGUUGUGUGAAUAUUACCCCGGCCACUUUUAAUGAUGGGCAAACACAGACCAAGCGCAAUUUUAAAUGCGAUUCGUGUGCCAAUGUAACCCAGCGGAUACGGGUAACAGAUGAUACUCCGGUACGGAGUCUUCGCGUGGGUAUAAUGGAUUCCCAAAGAGAUAAGCAAUGUACUCCAUCUUUUGAUGAUAAUGGGUCGAGAGAAAGUGAGGUACUAAGAGCCACCGACACAUCCAACUUGGUUGAUGUAAUGGAGAAAGUUAAUACCAUGAUACUAGAAAAAUUGAGUGCUCUUGAGUCAAAAAUAUUGGGAGAAAUUAAGGAUACAAUAAGGGUUUUAGCUCUAGAAAAUAGCAAAUUGACACAGAAGCUGCAAGAAGCCAAUAAAAAGUGUGUAUCUUAUGAACAAUAA